GCCUGAAUCUGUAACGACCCGGUGCACGGUCAAGCCAUUCCGCGCUGUCUGGCGGCCGUCGGCGCUACCUUGUUCGCAUAUGCGUACGUUUGCAGGGCUGACUAUGCCCUGGGCGUGCUCCCACGCGCGUGUUUGGGGUCCCCAGAGACUCCAUCGCGUCGAGACGCAGCGCAUACUGAGCAACGUGUGUAACACAACGGUGUCCGACCGUGCUGGGUUCGAAGCAGGAACGGUGCGGAUGCCUGUCGGAUGCAACGUGGUGUGCGGACGGGAUCCUCGGAUGUCGCCGGUCCUCUCACGAACGUGGUGACACCAUCCCCUCGAGACGAAGACGCGUGCCCCGAUCGACACGGGUACGACGGCCCAGAAUCUUGCCACCAACCACCCGUUACGUGGCAUGACGAGAGCAAUGCGACGCUCGAACUCGCGGCUGCGGACUGGUCAAGGCCAAACGUCGUGCCGUGCUGACCCGUCGUCGUCAGCUCGUCAUGUCCCUCUUCCAGCGAAAAACGCGCGGCGAGGAAAGGGAACUACUGUACAGGGCCACCACAAACGUUGCUCCGUCUUUGGGAUCGCCACAGUACACGUCCGCCACGCCGCCGAUAUACACGGCGCAGAGUUUGCUGCUCACUGCAUGCAUGAGGAUGGGGACGGAGUGACGACUGGCCAUGGCAAUCGCGGUGCCACCAAACGUUGUGAUCUUUCCAGUAGGUGUCAAAACAGUACGAAAUUUUUGAAUUAUGGCGUCAAAUACACAGCUUCGACCAGAAAAAUUGGCAAAACAUCAAGAACAAAAUGAAAUCAC